AUGGCAGCACCAGCUCAGCAGCCAGUCUCGAACGACGCGGGACUCGACGAGAGUCUCUACAGUCGGCAGCUCUAUGUCCUGGGCCAUGAGGCCAUGAAGCGCAUGGCCGCUUCCGAUGUUCUCGUCAUUGGUCUCUCCGGCCUCGGUGUCGAGAUCGCGAAGAACAUCUGUCUCGCAGGCGUCAAGUCGGUCACCCUCUCCGACCCGACUCCCGUCUCGCUCCCCGACCUCGGCACCCAGUUCUUCCUGCGCGACUCGGACGUCGGGCAGCGCCGCGACGAAGCCACUCGCCCGCGCCUGGCCGAACUUAACGCCUACACUCCCGUCUCUGUCCUUCCCGACCUCAACCUCGACGCCGUCAAGCGCUUCACCGUUGUCGUCCUCGUCCAGGGCUCGACCGAGGACCAGCUCAAGCUCAACGACUUCACCCACGCGAACGGCAUCAAGUUCAUCGCGGCCGAGACGGCCGGUCUCUUCGCCUCCGCGUUUUGCGACUUUGGCGAGCAGUUCCCGGUCGUCGACCAGACGGGCGAGAACCCGCUGUCCGGCAUGGUCGUCGAGAUCGAGGAGGCCGAGGAUGCGCUCGUGACGUGCUUGGACGAGUCGCGGCACGGACUCGAGGACGGCGACUACGUCCGUUUCUCGGAGGUUGAGGGAAUGAACAUCAACUCGGACGGCGUCGAGGGGGCAAGGAAGAUCACGGUGACCGGCCCGUACACCUUCAAGAUCGGCGACACGCGAGGACUGGGUCAGUACAAGCGCGGCGGCUGGUUCCAUCAGGUCAAGAUGCCCAAGAUGUACGACUUUAAACCCUUGCGCGAGUCGAUGACUGCGCCCGAAUUCCUCAUCACCGACUUUGCCAAAUUCGACCGCCCGCCCACACUUCACAUCGGCUUCCAAGCACUCUCCGCCUACCGCACCCAGCACAAUCGCCUUCCCAAGCCCCGCAACCCCGCCGACGCCGCCACCUUUGUCCAGCUCGCCAAGGACAUUGCCGCGCAGGUCAAGUUCGAGGGCGACCUCGACGAGAAGGUGCUCGAGGAGCUUGCCUUCCAGGCUGUCGGCGACCUCGCGCCCGUCAACGCCGUCAUCGGUGGUUUCGUCGCGCAGGAGGUCCUCAAGGCUUGCUCGGGCAAGUUCUCGCCCCUGUACCAGCACCUGUACUUCGACGCGCUCGAGGCUCUCCCUGUCGAUCUUCCCUCCGAGGAGGAAUGCGCGCCCUCGAACCCCGCCAGUCGCUGGGACAACCAGAUCGCCGUCUUUGGCCGCUCCUUCCAGCAGAAGAUCGAGAACAACCGCCAGUUCCUCGUCGGCUCGGGCGCGAUCGGCUGCGAGAUGCUCAAGAACUGGGCGAUGAUGGGCGUCGCGAGCGGACAGAACGGCCACGUCUACAUCACCGACCUCGACACAAUCGAGAAGAGCAACCUCAACCGCCAGUUCUUGUUCAGGCCCAAGGACGUCGGGUCGUUCAAGAGUGAGGCGGCGAGGCGUGCGGCGACCGAGAUGAAUGCGGGGCUGGACGGCAAGGUCGAGGUCUUCAAGCUCGCGGUCGGACCGGACACCGAGAACGUCUUCGGCGACUCGUUCUUCGACAGCAUUGACUGCGUUACCAACGCACUCGACAACGUCUCGGCUCGCCAAUACAUGGACCAGCGCUGCGUGUACUACGCCAAGCCUCUUCUCGAGUCCGGCACGCUUGGAACCAAAGGCAACGUCCAGGUCGUCCUCCCGCACGUCACCGAGUCGUACUCGUCGUCGCAGGACCCGCCCGAAAAAAGUCACCCGAGCUGCACGAUCAAGAACUUCCCCAACCAGAUCGAGCACACGAUCGCUUGGGCGAAGGAGCGCUUCGAGGAGUGCUUCGAGAAGCCGGCCGAGGUCGUCAACUCGUACCUCUCGCAGCCCAACUUUGUCGAGGCGGCCAAGCAGUCGGGCGAGACGGCGCAGCUCCUCAAGGUCAAGAGCUACCUCGUCGACCACAAGCCGCUCGGCUUUGAGGAGUGCAUCACCUGGGCGCGCCAGCAGUUUGAGACGGAGUACGUCAACGAGAUCAAGCAGCUGCUGUUCUCGCUGCCCAAGGACCUGCUCACGAAGGAGGGCACGCCAUUCUGGUCCGGCCCCAAGCGCGCGCCUGAACCCCUGCAGUUCGACUACAACAACCCCACCCACAUGGAGUUCAUCGUCGCUGCAGCCAACCUGCAUGCGUACAACUACGGCUUGAUGGGCGAGACGAACCUCGAGACGUUCAAGCGGGUGCUCGACCAGGUCCACCUUCCGGAGUUCGUGCCCAAGUCUGGCGUGCAGGUGCAGAUCAAGGACGACGAACCCGUCAACAACGACAAGGAUGCGCCUCCUUCGACCGACGCCGACGACCUCGCCUCUCUUGCUGCUUCCCUCCCGCCUCCCUCGACGCUCGCUGGCUACCGCAUGGUCCCAGCGCAGUUCGAGAAGGACGACGACACGAACCACCACAUUGACUUCAUCACCGCAGCAUCCAACCUGCGUGCGCAGAACUACGGUAUCCAGCCUGCCGACCGGCACAGGACCAAGGGUAUCGCCGGCAAGAUCAUUCCUGCGCUUGCGACCACCACCGCCGUCGUCGCUGGUCUCGUCUGCAUCGAGCUGUACAAGCUCCUCGACGAGAAGAAGCGCGGCGCCGAGAUGCUCGAGCGAUACAAGAACUCCUUCUGCAACCUCGCGCUGCCGUUCUUCGCCUUCUCGGAGCCUAUCGCGGCGCCUAAGAUGAAGUACCGCGACACCGAGUACACGCUCUGGGACCGCUUCGAGAUCGAGGGCGAUAUCACGCUCGAGCAGCUCGUCGAGCACUUCAAGGAAAAGUACAAGCUCGAGAUCAGCAUGCUCUCCAGCGGUGUCUCAAUGCUGUACUCUGGCUUCAUGCCGAAGAAGAAGCUCGAGGAGCGCCUCAAGAUGCCGCUCUCGCAGCUCGUCGAGACGGUCUCGAAGAAGCCGAUUCCCGAGCACGUCCGCGACAUCGUCUUCGAGAUCAUGUGCAACGACAUGGACACCGACGACGACGUCGAGGUCCCUUACCUCAAGGUUCGCGUUCGGUAG